AUGACUGUCCAUUUCCUUCUCUGGUGGACCAGCUUUACGAACCAUCUUUGUGAAGCACCUGCGCGCGAAAGGUCUGCUUUACAUGACGGGUCUCCUGGGUGUGAGCAGCCCGCUGCUGCGUCUUCUUCUCAUGGAACUCUGCCAUCAAAUCACGGGUCCAAGCGCUUGGCAAGGUCGACGAAGGUGGGAAGUCCCAAGUUAAUUUGGGCAGCGAGGGCAGAUGAGGGUGCUCCGCCCGAGGGAGAUCUUGUCGCUGGUGGCGCUGGGAUGGAAUGCGUUGAGCUAGAUGGUCCUACAGCUGAAGACCCUAGGCCUGAUCGCAUUGACCCUGAUGAUGCUGAUCGGGGAUCUGUUAGUGUUAAGGUUAGUGGUACUGAACCCAAGUCGGGGGCCGCAGGAGCCUUUGGAGGAAGAGAGUGCGACAUUGUACUUUGCCUCGAACGUUUUCAAGGUUUGGCUCAGAUUGAAUCUUCGUUUUUGCAGUCUAGAUGA